UUGACACGCUCCUAAACUCCGCCGGCGGCCGGCCAGGGUGGAGAUGGUCGGACGCGCGGCGCGGCUGGUGCUGUUGGCCGGGGCGGCAGCGCUGGCCAGUGGUUCCCAAGGUGACCGCGAGCCGGUGUACCGCGACUGCGUGCGCCGGUGCGAGGAGCGGAACUGCUCCGGGAGCGCACUGAAGCACUUCCGCUCUCGACAGCCAAUCUACAUGAGUCUGGCAGGUUGGACCUGUUGGGACGACUGUAAGUAUGAGUGUAUGUGGAUCACUGUUGGCCUCUACCUCCAGGAAGGUCACAGAGUGCCUCAGUUCCAUGGCAAGUGGCCCUUCUCCCGGUUCCUGUUCUUCCAAGAGCCAGCCUCCGCCGUGGCCUCCUUCCUCAAUGGCCUGGCCAGCCUGGUGAUGCUCUGCCGCUACCGAAUCUCCGUGCCAGCCUCCUCCCCCAUGUACCACACCUGCGUGGCCUUUGCCUGGGUCUCCCUCAAUGCUUGGUUCUGGUCCACAGUCUUUCACACCAGGGACACCGACCUCACGGAGAAAAUGGACUACUUCUGUGCCUCCACCGUCAUCCUACACUCAAUCUAUCUGUGCUGUGUCAGGACGGUGGGGCUGCAGCACCCAGCCGUGGCCAGCACCUUCCGGGCCCUGCUGCUGCUAAUGCUGACCGCGCACGUCUCCUACCUGAGCCUCGUCCGCUUCGACUAUGGCUACAACCUGGCAGCCAAUGUGGCCAUCGGCCUGGUGAAUGUGGCGUGGUGGCUGGCCUGGUGCCUGCGGAACCAGCGGCGGCUGCCUCACGUGCGCAAGUGCAUGGCGGUGGUCCUGCUGCUGCAGGGGCUGUCCCUGCUCGAGCUGCUCGACUUCCCGCCGCUCUUCUGGGUCCUGGACGCCCACGCCAUGUGGCACAUCAGCACCAUCCCUGUCCAUGUCCUCUUCUUCAGCUUCCUGGAGGAUGACAGCCUGUACCUGCUGAAGGAAUCAGAGGCCAAGUUCAAGCUGGACUGAGGACCUGGGAGUGGGUCUGCCCCAUUGGGGGUCCUGCCCCCUCCCUACUGGCUCCCCAUCUCCUCCUGACCCUUGAGAUAACUUUUUUUUCCUUUUUUUAACUUCUUAAUCUUGGACAUGAGGGGUGUGGGCCUGGAAUUAUGUGCCCUGCCCACCCCACUGCUGGCCCGCACGUGGCCCUCACAGAUCCCCAAGCCUGAUCCCAGCCCGGCCUGUCAGAGACUGGGGCUGGAGAAUGGGGGACCCCUCUGGAGCUGAACUGGGGUGGAGCUGAGAAUAUUCUUAGCUCCACUGGGAGGAGGGCUGCCUCUGCUUUUUCUUCCACCGGGGUGGUCAGAGCUCUCUGACUAGCUGGGAGACCAAGUGCCGCAGGCCAUUGGGGACACAGUGGGGUCCCCUUCUGAUCCCGCCUGCGCCCUCCCCUAGGGCACCACUAGGUGGCACUGGACACUUGCUCUUUGGCUGCCCGAGAAGUUUCAAGGCAGGUUGCAUUCACUCCGUGGGGUCUAAGGGACCCAGCUGCUGCGAUUGGGUAGGGGGAAGGGGUCCCACCCCGCCACUUCUCCAGCCAGACCCCCAGGAGGCCUCACCACACUCCCUUUCAGGGUUGGGCACCUGCAUGUGAGGGUGUAGGGGUGUGUGGGCCAGACCAGUGGAAAGUGAGGGGCGUGGGCAUGGGCCUGGGGUGUGUGGUGUGCUGGGUGGGACAGUGUGUGUGAGUAUGGCCUGGGCGUGCAGGCUGAAGAGGAUAGGGGAGGGUGUGAACUGUUUCAGAGCAUGUGUAUGUGUUGGGUAGGAGGCAGGGGGUGUGGGGCAAGUGGGUUAAUGUGGGUUAGGGGAGUAUGAAUAGUCCGAGUGUGGGUUUGUGGGUGAGUGAGAUGAGUGUGCCACAUAGGGGCAGGUGGAGUAGGAUAUGGGGAUCAAAUUACCAUCAACAAUUGUUUACUGAGCACCAGCUCUGCACAAGGCCCCAAGCCUGUCAGAGAGCCAGGAUAUCCCUAAGUUCUGGCUGGGGGUACAGGUGUUUGGCCUGCUUGUGUGUGUGUGUACACGUGCAAUGUUCCUGCCCAUUGCCUCCUUUUGCAAUCCUCCUCCAAACCUCACAGGGCCCCCAAACAGCUCAAUAUCACCCUCCAGAACCAGCCCAUUGGGAGGCAGAGGGAGGAAGGAAGUGAGUGUCCCUCCAAGCCCUUUCUAGUCACCCUGUUUCCUUGCCUAGGCAUGACCAGCCCCCCCACCCCCCACCCCGUCCCUUUGCUGCUAGCCCCUUUGCCACAGCCUGGAGCUUGGGGAGGGGGAAGGGCUGGAUCAGGUUUCUGCCCUCCCCAGACAGGCCCUCUGUUCCAGGGUGGCCCCAGGGCAGGCCAGGGCCAUGCUGUGCCUGCAUCCCAGUAAGGUGAAGUGACCCCUGGCACUUUCCUGCCACAGAAGGAUAGAAUGGCAAUUUGUGGAGCUCCAGAAACUUUCCAUCUGUAAGUCAGUUCUGUGAUUGGAGCAGGGAGACUGGACUUGGGCUCUUUUCCUGGCCCCUGCUCCUUGGGGAGAGGGAAGCUAUUCCAGGACUCCAACCUCAGGGACUUGGGUGGCCUGUGUUGGGUUUUGGUGAUACUGAGAACUAUUUUAAGGCAGGAGGAUAGCAAGGGGCAUUCUCAUUAAACCAGUUUUGAGUCUCA